AUGAAACUUCGGCUAAACUGCCCCCACCUAGAUUUAGCACAACGUUUCGAUAUUUCGCAAGCAGCUGUAACGAAUAUCGUGAUUACAUAUGUGCAUCUAAUUUAUGAAGUCCUAUAUCAACAAUUUAUGGAGGUGAUACCAUCUCGACAGAAAAAUAAGUCUUGUUUGCCAACAAGCUUCAGCAACUUUACAAAUUGCAGAGCAGUUCUAGACUGUACAGAAAUAUUUACUGUUGUUGCUAGAACGUCAAUGAAAAAGCAACGUCUUACAUACAGCAGCUACAAACACCACAACACUUUUAAGGGCUUAAUAGGUGUGGCUCCAAAUGGUGUCAUUACCUAUGUAAGUGACCUGUACGUGGGAUCUACUUCAGAUCAAAAAGUUGUGCAGGAUUGUGGGAUAUUGAAACAGUUAGAAGUGGGCGAUUUAAUAUUAGCCGACAGGGGUUUUCUGAUUCAAAAUAUAUUGCCUCCUGGUGUGAGUUUGAAUAUUCCACCAUUUUUAAGAAGUCCCCAGUUUACACCAGAACAAGUCCAAUGCACUGAAAAUAUAGCACGUGCAAGAAUUCAUGUGGAACGGGCUAUACGACGCAUGAAGUGCUAUCACAUUUUAAAUUUCAUGCCACGCUCAUUAUGUAGUUAUGGGGAUGUGGUAUUUAAAGCUGUGGCAGCAUUAACAAAUCUACAAUAUCCCCUUAUUAGAGAAGUGAGCCAAUUUUUUAACGACGAGUAA